CGGGAGGCAGGGUGAGAGGUGAGGGGGCGCGUGACGUCAGUGAACGCGAAGAUGGCGGCGGAGAGCCUGGGGUUCCACGAGAUGGGGCUGGACGAGAGGCUGAUCCAGGCCAUUGCCAAACUGAACUGGGCCCAGCCUACUCUAAUCCAGGAAAAAGCCAUUCCUCUGGCACUGGAGGGAAAAGAUCUAUUGGCCAGGGCACGGACUGGGUCGGGAAAAACUGCAGCAUAUGCUAUUCCCAUCAUUGAGCAUCUUCUCAACACAAAAAAGUCCACUUGUGAACAGGCAGUGCGAGCCGUGGUGUUGGUUCCCACAAAGGAGCUGGGUCAGCAAGUACAGCAGAUGAUCCGACAACUCACAUCAUAUUGUACGUGGGAUGUUCGAGUAGCUGAUGUCUCGGGACAGGUGGAUGUAUCAGCACAGAGGCCCAUAUUAAUGGAGAAGCCCGAUAUUGUAAUAGGGACACCUUCCCGUGUUCUGCUGCACUUGGAACAGCAUACGCUGAGUCUUUGUACCUCCCUGGAAAUGCUUGUGAUUGAUGAGGCAGAUUUAGUCUUCUCAUUUGGGUUUGAAAAUGACUUGAAGAACCUUUUGGGACAUCUUCCGAAGAUUUAUCAGGCAUUCUUGAUGUCGGCCACAUUUAAUGAAGAUGUUCAGGCACUGAAAGAGCUGGUACUUCAUAAUCCGGUGAUUCUGAAGCUACAGGAGUCUCGACUUCCAGAUAGCUCCCAGCUGACUCAGUACCGUAUAAAUUGUGAGGAGGAGGAGAAGUUCCUGCUGAUCUACACGUUACUCAAGCUUUCCCUUAUCCGUGGCAAGACCAUUAUUUUUGUGAAUUCCAUUGACAGAUGUUACCGGCUGAAGUUAUUCCUGGAGCAGUUCAGCAUCUUUUCCUGUGUUCUAAACUCAGAGCUACCAAUCCACUCCAGAUGUCACAUCAUCGGUCAGUUCAAUCGGGGGUUUUACGAUUACGUCAUUGCAACAGAUGAACAUGACCUGACAGACGCUGCCAGUACAGAUGAGGUGAAGAAGAAGAAGAAAAACCACAGCAAAGGAGCAAAAGUGAAGGAUAAUGAGUAUGGAGUCUCCCGAGGGAUAGACUUUCAGAAUGUGUCAAAUGUAAUUAACUUUGACUUCCCGCUCACAGUGGAAUCGUAUAUACAUCGUGUUGGAAGGACUGCUCGUGUGGAUAACCAGGGUACAGCACUGACCUUUGUGUCGCACACGGAAUUGCCACUGUUACAACAAGUGGAAGAAGCACUAACUGGAGAGAACAUGGACUGUGCUUUGAAACCCUACCGCUUCCGCAUUGAGGAGAUUGAGGGUUUCCGCUACAGGUGUAAGGAUGCCAUGCGUUCAGUUACAAAACAGUCGAUUAAGGAAGCUCGGCUCAAAGAAAUCAGACAGGAACUACUAAACUCUGAAAAACUGAAGACCUACUUUGAGGAUAAUCCCAGAGACCUCCAGUUGUUGCGACACGAUAAACCUCUUCACCCAGCAAUUGUGAAGCCACAUUUGAAGAAUGUACCAGACUACCUGGUUCCACAAACACUCAAAGCAAUUGCUGAACCCCUCAUCGGUAAGAGGAAGAGAUGGAGAAGGAGGGUCUUGAAAGACAACACACAGAAAAAAAUCAAGGCUUACAAGAAACAGAAUCCACUGAAGAAUUUUACAUACACAAAGAAGAGAAAGAUGAAAAGUGCCAACUAAAGAGAAGCCUGCAGAAAUUGUGAAAGAGAGGAUUUGACUAUAUAAGAAUCAGACAGUUUUAUCUACAUGCCUUACAAUCAGCCCAAGGACCUUGUCUACCUGGAGGAGUCUAAAAAUGUUGAGCUGCAUUUCUGUGUCUUGACAUCAUCAAGGACAAUGUCACUGACUGAAAAGUUUCUCCAUUUACACGGGAGAGGACACUUCUAAGAUGUAUUGAAUUCUCAUGUUCUUUGGCCUCAAUUUGCACCUUUAAGAAAUGCUUGCUAUUGAUGCAGCAGUGCUGUGCAUUAUUCAGUUAAUUCCCUUUAAGUAGCAUCUUCAAACUCAAUCUUGCUGGUUUAGUUAGUAAGCUACAACCGAAGACUCUGAAACCUGGUACCUACAGGAGAUGAGAAAGGCUGACUCCAUGAGAAGUACUUUCACUGAAUUGCUUCUAGGCCAGGAGGAACAGAGGAUUCCAUUCAGGCCACGAGCUGCUCACUAAACAGAACCUCCCCAUCACAAUAUUUUUUAAUAUCCAUACUUAACAUGCACUGGUACAUAGACUGGUACUGGUAUCUACAGUCUGUUACUUAAGUUCCUAGUUGAUGAAAGUCCCCAUCCCUCUCUUGCUCUCUCACACAUGUGCAAUCAAACCUUCCCAACAUCAUAUCAGGCAAAAUUACAUUUUUUAUGAAAUACUUAAAAAGUUCCAAUAUUCUAUAUGAAAUCGACACAUAGAAAUUGCUUAUUGCAAGUAGUUCACAGUGCUGAAGUCACAAUGUCGUAUCACCUCAAUUGUUCUGACAAAGGCAGGAUUUUGAUCUACAACCUUUCCAUUCCAAGAUAAACAGAGCAAUUUCACCUGAGAAAAGUGAUAUUGAAAUGGUUCCAUUCAGCCCCUCAAGCCUGUUAUACAGGAACAGGAGAACUUAAAGGGGCAGAAUGACCUUUUCCUACGUAAUGAUCUUGAGCUGAAGCUCUCCAUCUAUUCAUGUGCAACAGGCUUUGCAUCGAAUGGUCUCUUUCUAGGAGGCAAAUGACACUGGAACCCAACAUGGGGCUGCUAAGCAGUGUGCAGCUGGUUCAAUAGCACCACCCACUGGUUCUGGCUUUCACUGCAGCUGUCAAGGGGAAUGUGGAUCUUGGUGGACCUUUACUCACCACAUUGUUCUGUUGUUUAAGCUCCAUGUGAGAGUUAUAUUAAUCUCAUAUGCCUGUCCAGUUUCCAUUCUUUAUUCCCCCAAUUCCGAAAUCAUUCACUUUUUAACCAAGACUGCAGAGGAAGCCUGUAUACACAGGGAGCAAGUUACUCAACUCUGACUGACUUCAACUUUGUAAAAUUCUAGAUAGAAACACCUGCCUUUGAUAUAUGAAAGGUGGCAGUUUCUAUCAUGCCAAGGACAAUAAAGAAUUAAAUGUGAAGUCUUUUGAGGACGUGAUUCUAAAGUCAAAAAGGGCAAGUGAGAGUGAAAGACAUUGAUACAGACUUUUGAAAAACCUGAAUGGGAAUUAAAGUGGUAAAGUAAUAGCUCAGGUACGGCAGAGUGCAUUUUUGGAAUUUUGUAUUCUAUAUGCAUCAAUUUACCCCUUUACCUUCAGACUCUACUGGUUAUGACUCGUGUUAAAUUUCUGAGUAAGCUAUUAAAUCUAAUGGGGUCUUCAAAGCAAAUAACUUGGGAGUUACCAGCAAUAGUGCUUGGAGGAACAUCACAACCACAGGUUUGUUUAUUCUCAGAAGUCAGGAAUGAAUGACCUGUAAUCUGUAAAUGGAGUUUCUGCCACAUUUCAACGUUCUGAUAGCAGAGUGGAGCAACUGAGGAAAUUCUUCACCUUUGCACGUUAUGUUCUCCCAGGACUGAAACACAAAUUUACUUUCCUCACUUCA